GAGGUCGAACGAACUCGAAAGCUUAUCGAAGCGGCAUGUAGAGGCUAUCGCAUCACAAAGAUGAAGACGGUGGAAGAUAAAUUGGUGUAUUCUGGCGUGACGCAUCAGGAAUUUGUGUACGAGGUGACCGGGAGAACCAUCACAGGCUGUCGCCGGAAAGGUAAAAUAUUCUGGUUGACCUUGACUGGAGAAGGCAGAUUACCAGUCAUGCAUUUCGGUAUGAAUGGGAUGGUCAUGCUGAAAGGCGAGACACCGUCUUGGUAUGUCAGGCGUCCGAAAGAGAGAAGGAAUAUCUGGCCGCCAAAGUAUAACAAAUUUAUCAUGGAGCUGGAGCCGCAACAGGGUUCAGUAUCCGAUGAGCCCCGGGAAUUGGCAUUCACAGACUCAAGACGACUCGGCCGACUACGUCUCGUACCUCAGCCUGUUGAACAGCACCCACCAGUCUCGAAGCUCGGAUUCGAUCCUGUUCUUAGCUACCCCACUAUCGAAGAGUUUCGCGAACUAUUGAAGAAAAAGAGGGGAACUGUCAAAGGGAUGAUCAUGGAUCAAAGCUUCAGUGCUGGUGUAGGCAACUGGGUCGCUGAUGAAAUUCUGUACCAAGCCAGGCUGCACCCUGCUUGUCCAGUUCCCUCCUUGAAUGACGAUCAGAUCGAGAGCCUCCAUCGACAGAUCAGGGAGGUCCCGCAGAAAGCAGUGGAUGUUAACGCAGAGCACAAGAAAUUCCCAGAGGACUGGCUCUUCAGAUGGAGGUGGAAGAAAGGAGCCAAGCAAGCCAACGGAAAGAAGAAGGCGAUCGCCAUACAAGAAGCAUUGGACAGUGAUGAGGAUCCAGUGGACAUUGUGCCGAAGAAUAGGACCUUCCUAGCAUUGCCCGAUGGCAAACCCGCGACUUUGGACUUCAUCGAGAUUGGUGGUAGGACGACUGCCCUAGUGCGAGAAUUACAGAAGAUGCCAGAGGGCGUCGACAUCAAACCUAAGAUACCUCGUCCAAGGAAGGAUCGAGAGGGAUCAGUAUGCAGAGACCCGGCAUCCAUUGAGCGCCUGGCUGACAUGUCAUGUCUAGGACGACAGUGCGCUGACUUCUCUGUCAUCAAAUACCGAGGAAAUGCAACCUGUGCUGAGGAAGGAGGCUGUAGAUACCGUGGAGAAGAAAUCGGAGACACCGAAACGCAAGGUGAGUGUACAAUCAGAAGCUCGAAGACUUUACUUGAUUCGCUACCAGCAGAGCAAGACCACAACCUCAGUCAAAGAAGAGCAGAUCACCAAACGGAGAAGAGGUGA